AUGGCUGCCUCUGACAAUUUGAUCUACGUUCCAAGCCUGGAUAAAGCUUUUCAUGUUACGAAGAAUGCAUUGUUUAAAAUUACGUUUCAAGGUUCAUUUUGGAAUGGGGAUAACGAUGUCAAUUAUUAUUAUCAGAUCAUGGUAAAUGACUAUCUCAUUAUCGGGAAUUCACUUGUACGAAAUAAUAACAAACAAGUUCAUGGAGAUGGAGGUGUUGCUUAUGUCCAACACACUGCAACUGCUUCAAUCACAGUAACACGCAUAGCUAUGGUGUUUCUUCCUCCAGGCACCUAUACGUUUAACAUUGGUGUACGAGCUGAAAUGGCAUCCGGUUCCGUAGCAAGAGGGAUUGUUAUGUAUGAAUUAACACAGUUUGUCGAUAAUAAUGAUGAUUUGGGUGAUUACAAACUAGCUAUACUUCCAAACUAA